AUGGCAGGUAAUCAACAGGAAGCCGGGUUAGGUGAUGAUUUCUUCGAGCAGAUCCUGUCGGUACCACCGGGAUACGGCGGCGGCGGAGGUGGUGGUGGUGCAACCGGUGGAAGCGGUGGUGGAGGGUUUAGAGGGAUGGGAAUGAUGCCUUUAGAGUUGAAUUUGGAACAUGGAUUCUUGAGACAUGAAGAUGGAGUUGUUGAUAACAGCAGCAGCAGCAACAACAACAAUGCUUCGUGUUCAGCUGCUUCAGCUGUUGGUGGGAUCAGUGAUAGAGAUUCUAUGCAUAUGGUAAGCUUGUUUCCACCGUUUGGACAAAUGCAAGCUCAGCAUAUUCGCCCUUCACCGCCGCCGCCCCCCCAGCCUCCACAGCAGCUCCACCAGCCAUUUCAUAGCCAGCCGACUUCGGGUCCGGUUGCUGCUGCACCGCACCCACCUGCCGUCCGUCCAAGGGUACGAGCUAGGCGAGGACAGGCAACCGAUCCCCACAGUAUAGCCGAGCGGUUACGUCGAGAAAGAAUCGCCGAAAGAAUGAAGGCUUUGCAAGAGUUGGUUCCUAGCUGCAAUAAGACGGACAGGGCAGCAAUGCUCGACGAAAUCGUAGAUUACGUGAAGUUUCUUAGACUUCAAGUUAAGGUUCUCAGCAUGAGCAGACUUGGUGCAGCAGGUGCCGUGACACCGCUUAUAGCCGAUAUACCCCUAUUAUCCGUCGAGGGAGAUGGAAGCCAGCCUGCUUGGGAAAAAUGGUCAAAAGAUGGCACCGAGCAGCAAGUGGCUAAGCUGAUGGAAGAAGACAUCGGAGCCGCCAUGCAGUUUCUCCAGUCCAAGGCACUCUGCAUCGUGCCGAUCUCACUGACGUCCACGAUCUUCCCCGCCCAUCAAUCGGAUGCACCGACGAUCGUCAAGCCCGAAUCAAACACUCCUUCAUAAAAGAAU